AUGGCUUCAAGACGUUUUCUCUUCGAGGGCGAUGAUGCUCAAUAUAUCAGAUUUCUCGAGGAUAUCGUUCAACGAUCGGGCCUGGUUCCACCCUUAGCGCCAUCUACUCAAAAAGACGGAAAUGACCCACAGCCUUGCGAACAUUUGCGGGGGAUAGACACCCACACCCCACCUGCUUCCGAAGAUGAAAGAACAGCAUCCCAGGAGCUCCAAAUUAUACAAAUCGAUCCAUCCAAGAAUCGUUCGGGGAGCCGGACCCGGCCAAAUACUGAGAGAUGGAAGAAAGAGCUCGAUGAAUUUAUUGGACGGGUGUGCGAUAUCAACAACUUGGAAUUGAGGAGGAAAGAGCUGGGACUCGGGGAUAACCAAGCUGUCAUAACUAGUCUAAUAAAAGGGUUUGCGUUCGCUGAUGAUCGCCUUAACACAAGCGAUUUUUCGCUUUCAGAUUCCAGCCUUCUCCGCACUCUUUCUAACUAUGCUCAAUUCACGAAGAAGUCCACGGACGUGCUCUCAUGCCUGGCACAUUUCCGAGAUCUUGUUUUUGUGUCAUUUUGCGACGUUGUUCUUGGGUGUGGCGAAGGAAAGGACAAAGUCCACGACGCGAUGCGACUCUUGGCGGUCAUAUCUGAUAUUCUCGGGUACGACCGCAAUUGUACGCUAGAAUGGUUGCGACAGUAUUACGCGGGCAGGUUCUCAAAUCACCAUAUCACCUCCUUUAGCUUUCCUUCCUUGAACGAGCGUAAUCCCAAAAGAAAGAGGGAUCAUAUGUCCAAAUCGCAAGCAAACAAACGGAACGGCACACAGCGCUCGCCAAGGCAAGAGGAGCCGGACGGCGGCAGCAAUAGGGUUCCAGACAAUCUAGUUAUCAGUUAUACUAGACCUUCCAACCACGACGCUAGGCCAGCAGAUGGAACUGCACUGGUCGAGCUGACUGGAGGUCAGCAAGGAGAGUCAAACUCGCCUGAUGCACUCUUCACUACUUACAGCCAAGACGGAGACACUCAGAGGACUGGCGUUGAUCCAGUCCAUGACGCAUUACCCAGCGCACCAUGUCCAGGAGCAGAGCAGUUUGUGGAUCUAGCGCAGCAUCAGACGACUGAACCCCAUUACCCCAGCGUUUUUCUCGGCGAUGGUAAUCUACCCCAGGUUGCCCACCCACUCCAGACAGCUUACACGUACGAUUUCUACAAUUUCCUUUCAACGAGCCCUGACUGGAACUCAGUGGGCUAUGAUUUUAGCAGUAACUUCAGAUGA